AUGUUAUUCUUAAAAAUAUCAUACGUCACUAGAAGUACCGCUGAGUUGAAUAUGCUGCAAGAAGAUCCGUCAACCACAGAGACAAUCGCAUGGUACCCACGUGAAUCGAAGGGUAUCCGCGCCAGUUGGAAAUUAGCCAAUGAUAUGCACUGGAAUUUUGAUGUCACUCGAAUGCGCCGACAAUCAACUUACCAUCCGCAGCCACCGCCUCCAGCCGAUGGGAACAAGAAGGCCGAAGCAGCGGCGACGAUAGCAGUGAAGACGAUGAAGACACGCAUUUGGGUCGACUUGCUUCUCCAGUCAAACCCGCCGUCCUUUUAUAGGACUUGGAAUAUGGUCACACCUUAA